UAAUUAUAAAUUUAAAAUAAAAUGAGCUAUAUUCUCAAGGAUAAUAACUAUCAAGGGUCUGUAGGCACUUUAGUACAAGGAACCCAUAGACAUAAAUUCUUCCAUAGACCUCUUAUCCCAGUACUUGAAUCGGUAUCCCCAGAUGUAGUCAUGAGCAUUCCUGAAGAACAAAUCAAUGCAGCUAAAAUUGCAGGAGAGGAACAAGAAGAGGAACCCCUAGCAAAGACAGUUGAAAUUCAGACUGAUUACAGAGAGAGUGGUACCCAGACAGAUCCAUUUACUCCGGAUUAUGUAAUUGAAAGAGGUCAAACUCCAGAAGUAUUAACAAUAGCUCAUCUCAAUUAUGGGCGAGGACUCCCUGCUUCGAUGGCAGAGAUGGAACUUAUUGAACAAAUGAGGGAAAAGAGAGCAUUUGAGCAUGCACUCCCUCCUACUUCUGAUGAGGCAUGCUUCUCACUCAGAAGAAAACUGAUGGAAGAACAGGAAUUCAGAGAAUGGGGCAAGAGAGAAGAUGAUAUUAAGAGAUUGCAAAAUGAAAGACUCAACCUCCUUCAAUCUGCUCUUGUCGAAAGAGAAAAGGAGUCUGAAGAUAAUCAUGCCAGAAGAAUCGAAGACAUCAGACUCAAGAAAACUGAAGACAAAGAAAAAGCUAUUGCUAAAAUUCAAAGAAAGAGGAUCAAGGUUCUUCGUAAAAUGUUCAAAGCCAGAAAGAAUCUGGAUAACAAAGGUUCGAAGAGAGAUAUCAUCCAAGAAUAUUCGAAUUUCGGAUCUAUUGUCUAUGCCCCAAUUACCAGGGACGGACUCUCUCUUGACAAAAUAGCUAGCAAGUACGAAGUUCAACCAGAUGCUUUAUCAACAUAUCAAGGAGUGACUGAACUUAGUGAAAGCUUGCCGGCCAAAUUAAUGAAGAGCAAAGUUGAUAUAGAGGCUAUCAAAGGUGUGUUUAAAAAGAGCAUCACUAGAAACCAAAGAAAGCACAAGGGUGCUUUGUCAAAAAUGCAAUCGAGCAUUGACAAAAACAAUUUCGAGAAGGACGAAGAAGAUAAUAAGAAAAAGGAUACUGAACAGAAAAAGAAGUAUAAGAACGAGUUCGUUAGGCCUGAUACCCCAGAAAGACCAGGAAGAAGAACUGUUGCCAAUGCUUCUCAGUACUACGAAGAGUUCAAGGCUGCUCUUCUCCUUGAGAGACUCAUUAGAGGAAGAGCUGAGCAGAACAUGAUGUUCGAAGGAAAAGAAAAGAGACUUGAUCUUAUUGCUGAGCUUAGAAUUACUGAGGAGUGGAGACAGGCAUCUGACCAACAAGAAGAAAGAAAUAUUAUCCAGAAUUAUCAAGAAAGAGUCCUUGACGGAGUAGCUGAAGGGCUUCAAGCAGAGAUUAUUGCUUCAACAAUGGAAGGACUAUCCAAAGAACUAGUUAGAUUUAAACAAGAAAGAAAAAUCGCAGCAAUGGUUCAUAUGGCAGAACAAGAUAGAAGGAGAAGAGAAGCAGAAGAAGGAGGUAGAAGACAAGCUGAACAAAUUCUCGGAGCUAGAGAGGAUAAUUUAUUCAAGGAAGUUAUGUCAGUUCACCAAGGUAGAGUCGAUAACUAUCUCCAAAAUAUUAUCACAAAUGCUAUCGAUGAUGCUUCAACUAAGCAAGCUUAUGAUGAAGCUCAAUUAAAGGUUAAGAGAUUAAACAAACUUUUGGAUAAAAUGGAGCACAAGAAGAACAAGCCUCAAUCAAUAGUAAAGGAUUUAAUGUCUUCCUUCUUGAUUCCUGAUAUUCAAAGAAGAAAGAUUCAGAGGCAAGUUCAAUUUGAACAAAAGAGAUUUAUGGAGAGUGCUCGUAAAGCCAUUCAGUCAUCAAUAUCCCAAGCUGGGCAAAAACUUGAGAAGGAGAAUGUGCUCAAAUAUGAUCCAAGUAAUAGGGAGAAGUAA